GUCUUGUACAGGAAGUUCUCGGAGAAGAAAGGAGGAAAAGAUAAUAGUGAAGACCACUACAUCCUAGGUCAUUAUCGGCCCUGAAAGAUGAGGAAGGGAGUCCAUUUUACUGUAGUCUUCAUUCUACUAGCUACAAAUCUAGGUGGAUCCCUUUCAUCACACAGCAGGCAGCCUCUAUCUUACAACAACCAAAGAGAAGACAAGCCCCAGGAUAGCUAUGACCAGCGUCCAUAUCCUGAUUCGUUUCAUGACGGUGAUCCAUACAAUGGAAAGGAGGAUGUAGAUCGUCCAUACAAAUAUAACGAGGACACUAAUGCAGAGGAAACUGAUGAGGAGGAGGAUUAUAAAUAUAACGAUAAAUCAAAAGAGACGACGGAUAAUAAUGAAUAUCAUUCCUCCCCUAGUGACAAUUAUCACAAUCAGGAUGGACAAGACCCUGCAGAAGAACCAGACCUUCCUCCUCCUUCCUAUCCCACGGCUCCCCCCUCCUACUCGUGUAGGUUUCAUUAUCACUCUAACUCAUUGCCUAAGGGAAAGACCAAGGUAUCGUAUCUUCAUUUCAUUGGUGCCGCUCGUUCUUACAAGGAAUGUGCUGAUCUUUGUUGUCAACAUGGUCGAAAGUGUCAGUUGGGCUGGUUGUUUAAGAAGAAGUGUUUCGCUGUCGGUUGUAACUCUGCUGAAAAGGAUAGGUGUACUCCUAAGGCUGUUCCUUAUGAUGCUAAGUAUAGCAGUAGUGUUGUUGUAAUGUCUUUUGUUAAGAAGACCAAUCAUGAUAGUCAUAAUAAAGAUGAAAGCUCUUUCUCUUCUACUGUUGUCCCCCAACCAUCUUCCUCCUCUCUCUCCUCCUCCUCUUCCUCUGAUUAUUAUUCUUCUAAUUUACAUUCUCAUUCUAUUGCCACGACGAGGUCUUCGUCUUUGUCUUCGGUUGUCACUACAACUCCAAGCUCGUCCUCUUCUGUCAUCAAGGCAACACCUCACCCUAAACCACCACACGGGAAUCACAGAUUAAUCAAUAAUGUCCUUACAAUAGCAGUUGCUAAUAAACAUCCAGUUAUUACACUACCAACUGAUCAUAUUAAGAUAUUCUCCAGUACAUGGCCUGAUUCAUCACCAGGUGUUACUUAUCAUUAUCAUUGGAGGAGACUGUUUGGUCCUAAGAAGGGAAACCUCAAUGGAGUCAAUGAUAAAACCAUCUCAUUGAGUCACGUAUGUUAUAGAGAGGGAGAGGGAGGAAGGAAUGUAUGGCUCUGUCACCUGUCAAUUGUUUAUAUAGAAAUUAUUAUUGUUAAAUUUGCAAAACAAGGAUUAUGUGUGGUUGUUUUUAUGUGGAUAAAAUAAGAAUAAUCUGGGGCUACAACUGUAGGUUAUAAGAAUAAUGAUGAUAAUAGUAAUAUUCCUCCAAUUCGUAACAAUUUCUCUAAAAAAUUGUCACUUUAAAUUA